ACUUACGAGUUUCAAGUACCAGGUCACACUGCUCUACUCGUUGCGUUGUUGUCGUGUGCUUUUGUAACUAAAACUCCGUUUUGACAUCACUUUCAUCAUAAUCUGAAUAAAAAUAAUAAUAACAUAAAAAUACAAAACAAAAAAAAAAUGAAAUAAAAAUAAAUAAAUAAAACACCAUCGAAAACGAAUCAAAAAAUAAUACAUACAAAAUAAAUAAAUCGCAAAUAAUUGAAAGUUACAGCAAAGAGAAUCUAGAUAAAGAAAUCCAACAAAACAACAACAUAGCUCAAAAGAAAGGCGAAAGGAAAACGCGAAAGAUUCUCUGCCAUCAACUUUUUCUACGUUUUUUUCGGACUCUUCUUCGUUUUCUGUUGUUUGCUUUGCAAAGAAAACACACAAAAAAAUAAAUAAUACGAAACAAGAAAGAAAAAAACAAAAAGCAAAAACGAGAAUUUUUACGCCGCCGCUUUCGAAGUGGACCCCCGUGGGUGUGAGCGAGACAGAAAGGCGUAGAGAGAGGGAGCGAACUAGCCGGAGAGAGGGAGAUAAAGCGACUGCGCAAAAAAAAUAAAACAAGCCAAGCUUGAAACGAAGACUUUCAAAUAAAACAACAAAACCAACAACAACAACAAAACAAACCAAACAAAUUGAAACGCUGUGAAAUUAAAACUCGUCAAUACUCAAAGCACCAACAAAUAAAGAUAAAAACGCGAAACAACUACAAGGAGAAGGAGCAAGUAAAGCGGAGUUGAUGUCAAAACAAAAACAAAACCAUCAAGAAAACAACAGCAAGCACUGAGAGAAAAGAAACAAAGCAACGGGAAAUAAAACGGCGCUGCGGCGUUCGAAAAAUCUCGAAUAUAAAACGGUAAAACAAACUUUCAAAAAACAAAAAUCAAUCCCAAAAUUCCUCAUUAUUUUUCCUGAAAGCUUUAAUUUAAUUACGAAUUUUUUUGAUAAGUCAAAGUGAAUUAAAUUUGCUAAUUAUUUAAAAAUUAAGACAACAACAAAACUAAAACCCAAUAAAGAGAAGCUACAAAAGCAGCAACAACAACAAGCAAAACAAAACAAAACAAAUAACCAACCAACAACAAGCAACUGAAUUAAUGUUUUAAAGUACAAAAUAACCGGGAGUAAAUCAACAAACAAAUAAUUUAAACAUAUUAAAAAACAAUUUAAUUUAAAAACGCAACAUCAAUCUAAAUUAUUUAAACAAAAACACUGAUCUAGCCUCUAAGUCGAAAAACAAAACAAAAACUCUGAAAAACGGACCCAGAAAAGGGGAAGUGAGAGGAGUGAGGAGAACGGAGCAGAAUAAAACCGAUUAAGCAACAAUUGUGCCGCAAAAAAAACCGUGUGAAUAUAAAAAAACAAAAAAAUUAAAAAUAUAUACUAAAAUAUUAACGGUAACAAUAAAGAAAACAUUUAAAACCAAAAAUCUACAAGAAUUCUAUAAGUUUUAAGUCACGUUUUACACAGACCUACAACAAGAACAAACGGAAACACAAAAGCGAAAAACGGAAACAACACCAGCAACUUAACUUAGCCAAUAACAAAUAAUACAAAAUAAAAAGAACAACUUUUUGUACUGUACAUAAGUAAAAGAAAUAAAGCCCAGCAAUAGGAAAAAAUAAGCAAAUAAAUAUAUUUAGAAAGAAAACUGCGGCCUUGCGGCCAAAGAACAGUUUUUAUUUUUACAACAUAAACAUUGUUUUUUAGUAGUUUUCAAUUCAUUUUUUUUAUAAGUGUACCUAGUGAGAAAUGUUAAAAGUCUUAAAACAGCAAAAGCAACACUGCAACAAAAAAGGGAAGUAAAGAGACAAAAGAAAACAAAAACAAAACAAAUUCAAAGAAAGAUUUAACAACUCUGUGAUAAUUACUGUAAAUUUAUAAAUUUAAAUAAAAAAGGAGAAAAAAAACGCAAAGAAAACCAACAAAAAAAAAAACAAAAUCUCUAAAUGGAAUGAACGGAUAAGCGGUAAUUUUUAAACAAUAGAAACGAAAGCAGGAGAACGAGAAGAGGAAUGCUAAAAACAUCUUAAAAACCAACAACAAAACAACUUUACACUUAAGAGCAAAUGCAAAUGAAAAGAUAAAAAAAAAACAUUGAAACAAAUUCGUGAUAUCUUAAAGGACUUCGAUACAUAUAUACUAUAGUAUAUUAUAUAUUAUAUUAUAUAAACUAUUAAACUAAGCUUAAAUCUAGUAAGCGAAAACCGAAAACAAAAUCAUGGAAUAAGUGAAUAAAAACAAAAUAACAAACAAACAACAACCAACCAACCAACACAAAGCAAAAUAAAACCCUAGGUUAUAAAAAAAGACUUCAAAACGCAUUCAAAAAUAUAUAUAUUUAACUAAAAACAAAAAUAAAUCGUAGCAUUAAAGUUCAACAUAGUAAAUGAGAGGAGGAUACACUCAGCAUAACGGUGAAUAGUAAAUGAAACAGCAAUAAUAACAGCAACCGAAAACAACAAACAAAAUAUAUACAAAUCGUGCAACCGAAAAGUAAUAGCAACGUACAGCGAAACUAAAUAGGAAAGGAAACCGAGGAAAGGCUAGUCCCGAGACGAACAGGAAGCGAAAGAGGAGCCAGAGGAGCGAACAGAAGCAGGAGAAAGCCAGGAGAAUCAAACCUCGUCAUCGUCCCCCGUAAAAAUCGUCGUUGUACUAAGGGUAUUCGAAAGUAAAUUAUAAAUAAAUCACUACUACUUCCUAAAAACCACAACGAUUGCCUACAAAAUAUAUAUUAUAUAUAUGUAUACUAUAUAGAAAACAAAACAAACAAAAACAACCAAUAUAAUCACUUCCCAAAAAGCAAAAACACACAAAAUAUUCAAAUAUCAAACGAAAGCUAAUCUAACCCAAAAGUAAAAGUAUUCCCAGUGUAUUUUUCUAGUAAAACUAACGUAAAAUAUAUUACAAGAAAAACGAAAAAAAAACCAAGUUUCAACAAGCAAAAUGCAAUAAUUCAAUAAUAUUUCAAAACUCAAAUUGCAAAUAAAUAAAAAACCAUCACCAACGGCAGCAGCUGGUAUGCAUUUUCAUCGUAAAACAACAAUAUUUUGAAUACACAAAAAUAUAAGAAAUUAAAAACCUACAAAACAGACCCAGGAAGGAACUUCAAACUACCAAAACAAACCAACCAACAACGUUACAAUAUUUGUCGGCAUUUUUUACAAAACACACAACAAACAACAAGGAACACAACCAACCAACCAACAGAAGGGAGGAUAGCUGAGGAAAGCAACAAUUUUUUUGUGUGGGACUCACAUGUCCUCGACAAAAGACAAACAUUUUUAUUAACUUCGAAGACAAGGAAUUUCAGUGCCUCUUGUGCCAGUGUUUAGCCAAAAUAUAUAUACACAAAAAAACAAAACAAACAAAAAAAACGGAAGAAAACAUUAAACAACAAAAUACGUAUUUAUUGCUUAGUUUUUUCUCUUUGAUAUAAAAAAUACACAAAAAAUUACAAAAAAAAGAAGCAAGUAAAUAAAAAGAAUACCUUUAAAGUGAGUGAAUAGAGAUCAACAAUCUCUUUUUUCGGUCAAACUUCAAACUUUAACCCUCGUUCCAAUAUCAUCGUUCUCGUCGUUCGCCUCCAUUUAUCGUGUUUAACCAAUACAAUACAAUAAAGCAUAAACAAUAGCAACAAUCGCUAAGAAAACCAGUCUCCAAUUUGCUAGUCCUUAUCAGCAUUUCUCUUUGUUUCCUAAUAAAUCUGAUCAAUCAAUUCAAUAUGAAUACGCAAUCGAAGGUUUACCGCACAGGCGAAGAGAUCUACGACAACUUGCCAUGCGAUGGUGGUUAUUUCAACAUGAAUGCCAUUCGCAACCUGGGAAUCCCCACUACUUUUCCGACAAUCGGAACCUUUACGCUUGACUCCACCACAUUGGGAUUGCAGCCACAGGGCCAGCAGCAGCAGCAGCAACAACAACAGCAGCAGCAGAAUAUGCAUCAUCAUCAACAACAGCAUCAGCAGCAGCAGCAGCAACAACAUCAGCAGCAUCAGCACAUGCAGCAGCAGCAGCAACACCAACAGCAGCAACACCAGCAGCAGCAACAUCAGCAGCAGCAGCAGCAACAACAACAGCAUCCUACCAUCGGGAUGUUCGAUGCCAACGAGGUGAACGAUGUGAUCCAGAAUCCGCCUCAGAUUGGCGUUUUCCAAUCCAAUAGCGUUUUGACCAACGGAGCUGGGAGCUCCUCCUCUAUCUUUGGCUCCCAGUCAAGCAACUCUUCGGCCGCCGCUGCCACGGAUCCCAGCCAGGCCACCCGGGAAACUGGCAUUAUUGAGAAGUUGCUGCACUCCUACGGGUUCAUUCAGUGCUGCGAGCGACAGGCGCGUCUCUUCUUUCACUUCUCACAAUUCAGCGGCAAUAUUGAUCAUCUGAAGAUCGGAGAUCCCGUAGAAUUCGAGAUGACAUACGAUCGCCGCACAGGCAAGCCGAUAGCUAGUCAAGUGUCCAAGAUAGCCCCAGAGGUUGUACUAUCCGAGGAGCGGGUCACCGGCACUGUGACCACCGAGCUGCGCACGGAUAGCGCCAACAAUGUGCUCAGCUCCAGCGAGACCACCGGUCGGAUCAGCUACGAAAAUCGAGGCGAAUGCUUCUUUCUACCCUAUACCAAAGACGAUGUCGAGGGCAAUGUAAACUUGCGGGCUGGCGACAAGGUCAGCUUUCAAAUCGCAACGAACCAAAGAGGUAACCUGGGCGCCUGCCAUAUUCGCCUGGAGAACCCAGCCCAGCCGGUCAAGUAUCGUGGUGUUGUCUGCUCCAUGAAGGAAUCGUUUGGCUUUAUUGAACGCGCCGAUGUGGUGAAAGAGAUCUUUUUCCAUUUCUCAGAGGCCGAGGGCAAUGUGGAACUGCGUCCCGGUGACGAUGUCGAGUUUACCAUACAGACCCGGAGCGUAAGUGGCAGCGGUGAUCCGGCCAAUCCGCAUCUUCUCCAAUCGAAAAUGCAAUCGCCCUCGGUACCGCCGCAGGGCCGUGAAUUUGCGUGCAACAUCACGCGUCUGGCACCGGGAUCGGUGAUUUUUGAGGACGUGGACAGCACUGUGUACAAGGGCCAGGUGCUCAAGUCAUUGGAUCGCAACAAUCCUGUGCGUCAGAACAAUGAUCCGUUGCCGGGUCGCAUCCGAUACAGGGCAUUGGAUUACUCGGAGGUGGAGGUACCGUUCGGGGACAAGGAUCAAAAGGGUGACUUUACCCUGCGUCACGGCGACUGGGUGCAGUUUCUGCUGGCCACCGAUCGUCGCGAUCAGCUGCAGCGGGCUACCUCAAUUGCCCUGCUGGACGAGACCUUCAAGGUGUCGGGCGAGAAGCGAGAACAGGGCACCAUUGCCUCGCUUAAGGAAGGAUUCGGCUUCCUGCGGUGCGUGGAGCGUCAGCCGCGACUCUUUUUCCAUUUUACUGAAGUUCUCGAUACGAGCCGUGAAAUCGAUGUCAAUGAUGAGGUUGAAUUCACUGUCAUCCAGGAGCCUGGAUUGGCCUAUAACAACUCGCGUUUGCAGGCCAUACGCAUUAAGCACUUGCCGCCCAACUCUGUGCAAUUCGAAACUCUAAUGGCCAGCAACAUUGAGGGCUGCGUGACACGCGAGGCGCCCAAGAGCCCUAUCAAAUCUCAAGAUCGCGUCGAAGGCGGUGUGAUUACCUACGAGCAUGCCGAUGCUAAAAAGACUAUAAUGUAUUUUCUUAAAGACUGUGAAAAACCACCAAGGAUUGGGGAGCGUGUACGCUUCGAUAUUUACAUAGUCAAACGUAACAAGGAGUGUAUAGCCGUCAAUGUGCAGCAAAUUUCGCUGCAGCAACAACAGCAGCAGCAACAACAACAGCAGCAACAACAGCUGCUGUUGAAUCAACCGAAUGCCAGUGGUAACAUCAACCAGAACGAGCAACUGUCGAAUGGAAUAAGCGGCAGCAGCUCUAACGCCUCGCUGCAAAAUGGCUAUGUGAUGCACGGCAGCCCCGGCGGCAGCACCAGCAGCAGCGUGGGCAGCAACAAUCCAUCCCAUUUGGACGAUUUUAAGCUGGAGAACAACAACCAUACCGGAUCCGAUGCCGGUCAGGUCUACCGUGGCUUUAUAGCCGUCAUGAAGGAGAACUUUGGAUUCAUUGAAACCCUGUCCCACGACGAGGAGGUCUUCUUUCACUUUAGCAAUUAUCUGGGCAAUCCCAAUUGGCUGGAGCUGGGCCAGGAGGUGGAGUACACUCUAGCCCGCAACGGGAAUACAUCUGUUUCGGGCAACUGUCUGCCCGCAGAGAAUGUCCGUAUGCUGCCCAAGAACUCUAUACCGCAGCCAGCGGUGCUGGAAACCGUUCACAAUGGCGUGGUGGCGCGUCCGCUGCGCUGCAUUAAUCCCGACCAGCAGGAGUAUGCCGGUCUCAUCGAAAUACUCGACGAGCAGCGCACUACUGUCAUCUCGCAGCACGAGUUUGGGAUCACUAGUCUGGUGAAUAAGCGGGAUCUCCUCCAGAAGGGCGAUCUGGUUAGUUUCCGCAUCGACGAGAGCGGACGGGCGGCCGGCGUGAAUGCAGUGCGGCAGAAGAAGCGCGCCACCGUGGAUUCGAUUAAGGGCCAGUUUGGAUUCCUCAACUUUGAGGUGGAGGACGGCAAGAAGUUAUUCUUUCACAUGUCUGAGGUGCAGGGCAACACCGUUGCCUUACAUCCCGGCGACACUGUGGAGUUCUCUGUGGUUACUAAUCAGCGUAAUGGAAAAUCUUCGGCUUGUAAUGUUCUAAAAAUAAACGAUCGUCCGGAUCGUCUGAUCUCGCGACUCAAGCUCAAUGGCGAUGACACUGUGCCGCGCUUAAUACUCAUCCGUGCGCCCAAGGGACCGCAGGGCAAGGGCUUCUCCGUGCUAGCACGACACCCACGCAUUCCAGGCACCUUGGUGGAGUAGAUUGCUGAAAUGUUGGAUAUUAGAGGCACAUCAAAGACAAUUACCUACAGCAACAGCUAUAAAUAUAUAUAUAUAUUCUUGUACGCAAGCCAAUCAACCAACUAACACAGCAAACCAAGCCACUUUAUAACGAAUAUAAACCCCUAGAAGCAUGCAACACACUAUUGGAAACGAUCGUAAUUGAUAAUAGGAAGGCGUACAUUUAAUAUUUACGAACUACUACUCUUCGUGUCUGAUGAAUCGGAAACUUAUUUGUAAUACUACCAACUAACUCUAGCCCCUCCAAGCAUUGUAACGCUUUCAAUGCGAAUGGAAAUUGAAAUUCAAGUGUCUGAGAGAUGGAUGAAACCAAAACGUUUGUAUACGUAUACUAUUUUUUACAAGUUUUGCUUUAGUUAAUAUGAGAACGAGGGGGAAAACAGGAGAGAAGGCAAGCAAACAUGAUAUAAUCUAUGUGAAGUGAGGUAAUUAUUCUAGAAUGGCAACGAAGAAUCCUUGUUAGAAAUUGUAUAAAAACAACAGCAACUCUUUACAUACGUCUAUCUAUUAGCUGGGAUAUGCAGUUCCUGCUUCUCUACUCUGUAACUUGCUCUAGACUCGUGCUCGUGUAUUCUUUUGUACUUCUCGAAAACUGUUCUUUCACUGCUUUCAAUCUAACUGUUAAAGAUUUAUACAUAUAUAUUUAUUGAAUAAUUAUUGUACUGCGGCAGCCAAGAAUUAAGUAGAACCACAAACAGCAGCAGCAGCAACCCAGAAACCAAUCAGUGGAGCGGACGAAGAACAUGGAAAGUAUUUAUAUGGCAAAACAAAAAGUCUAAUUUGUAUACAUGCAUAUAUAUAUAUAUCUUCACACGUACAUACAUAUAUAUAUAUAUAUUUUACAUAUUCAUUAACGUAACAUACAUAAUAUUAAUGUUAUUAUUUUGUUUAAUUUUUUUGAAACAUUGCUUGCAAACCAAAAACCACACGACGUUGUUUCGCCAAAAAAAAACACUUCUUUUGUUGCAUUCAGAUGGUUGCAUUAACUUAUUACGUAACAUAUUAUAUAUAUGAAACAUACAAGCUAUACAUCGUAAAAUAUUUAUUUAAAACUCACCACAAGAAACCCGGAUCGAGGAGAGAUUGAAAAAUUACGAAAACGUUUUGUGUGACGAUGAAGAGCAAAUUAAAUUUGCUGCGCCAAAUCUGUUGAAACCAUUUAAUGAAGAUUAUAAAAAUAAUUUUUAAAAAAUCUAUAUAUACGAGACAAAAAUAUUAAAAAAAAAAAAAAAAUACAAAAAAAACCAACUAAUAUAUAAAAACAAAAACCAAACCUUAUGAGCGUGUCGUGUGUCGGUAACAAAGAGCAAAUAUUGUGAAAAUUAUGAAUU